GAUAGAGAGCAGACGACGCGUCGGGGGUGGGCGCGCGAUUCAGAACGUCGAGACACUGCCUUGGACUUUGAGACGAUUCCGAGGUACACCCAAGUCGAAUCGACUCUGUUGGAAGCCUCCAGUGGUCAGACAUACGGGACCGAGCGUUUCCGUUGACCCAGACAAGCCCGGAUCCGUCAUCACGUUUCGAGAAGCCCCUCGCGCGUUUCCGAAGGCCCGGUGUCACGACAUGUUCAAAAGGUGACGAGAGCGACAGGAGGAACGUCGCUGCUCAACGAAACCUAGGACUACUUGAUGAGGGAGAUGAAAGUCCCAGGAGAAAACGACAUUGAUUCGUCCGACUCGGAGGAAGAGAUCAAACGACCAGCUAUACCUUUCGAAGAUGAUGGAAAGCCUAUCGAUGAAACGCAAGCUCCACUGACAGGAUCAGAGUACCUCAGGAGGGUCCAUCGCGAAGCCAAAUUAUGUGCCAAGGUUUGCGUGGCGCAGAUCCCGGACUCGAAGCGACGUCCAGUCACGCGACAUAUCCCGGUAGAUGAGAAAGCUCCUCCGCCAGACGGGUUCAAUCCAGAAAUGGAGUGGCAAUUGGCUCGUCUUGCACAUUUCUCCGACACUAGACAGCGAUUCGCGAUCGCGAGAGAAUUCUCUAGAGCGAGUCCGGGAAGCAGCUCGAGCAAACUUGAAGCGAGACCUCACUGGUUCAACUAUAUCCACAAGGAAAUGCGGCAACCCCUCGUUUCUUUCGUGACCAGCCUUUCCGGGAAACAAAUUCUUAGCGUACUAGAGUACCACAUUGACUGGAUCCAGACAGAGUUCACCAAACAGCACGGACUGUGGAUAUUCUCGAUGCUUGUCGCUCUGGAGAAGCCCCUGUCUCCGCAUGCCUGUGAUAUUAUCAGAUCUCUGGCGAGAUCAGCCUCGAAAGUCAGAGCUCAACUGGACCCAUCGAGGACGGAGGAUAUAAUUUCAUUGAAUUUGAUUGUUUGUUUGAUAUCGCGGUAUUUUUCUCAAAUGGAUCUCUGUGACUGAGGGAACAAAGUUGGAAGCUUCUCA